UCACAUACAGUCAUGACUUGCAAACGCUUGGUCGCUUUUUCCAUCUGGCUUUUGCUGGCAACAUGUGAAGCUGGAAGGCAGAUGCCAAAACUCUCCGAGAAGAAACUCUGCACUGAUUCUGACUGCAGCCAUCCCAUCUUGAUAGCUCGUGCAGUGCAGGACUACUAUCCUGGAGACUGCAGGUUCAUCCCCAUCAGACAGGGCCAGCUGGUUUAUGUAUAUGCAAUGCUAAAAGACAGAGGGAACCUCUUCUGGGCUGGCAGUGUUCAAGACUCUUAUUACGGACAACAGGAGGCUCGCAUUGGCCACUUCCCCAGCAGCGUUGUGGAGGAGACGCAUCCUCUCAUGGCGGCCAGCACUGAAGUCAGAACUACUAAAUGGGACUUCUACUGUAACUGA